UCCAAUCUCUGGUUGAGCGGCACACAUGGCUGGCUGGGGGAGUGAGCGCUGAGGGGGUCCAUGCUGUGCACUGAGAGCCGCACUCUGAGCACUGCAUUCAUAGCCCUGCGUGCGGGAAGGAUGGAGGAGGAAGAUGUCCAUCAGCCCUCCCUGGGGCGCCCACCUGGCCCCAAGACUGGGGUGUGGGAUCUCCUGGCUCGUGUUGGGAAGAAGAUCUUCUCUUGGAGUGUUCUGAAGACCAUCGCGAUGGGACAGAUGGUGUCUCUGUUUAUAUGUGGCACUGCCGUUACCAGCCAGUUCCUGGCGGAAAGCUACAAAGUAGACACUCCGAUGCUACAGAGUUUUAUCAACUACUGCCUCCUUUUCCUGGUAUACACUGUCUGGCUGGCAUUUCGAGCAGGAGAGAAUGGACUUCUGCAGAUAGUAAGAAAGAAGUGGUGGAAGUACCUAUUUUUAGCGAUAGUGGACGUCGAAGCAAACUACUCCAUAGUCAAGGCUUACCAAUUUACCACGAUCACCAGUGUCCAGCUUCUGGACUGUGUUGGGAUUCCUGUAUUGAUGGCUCUUUCUUGGUUUAUUCUUCGCGCGCGAUACAGAUUGAUCCAUUACAUUGCUGUCGUGGUCUGUCUGUUGGGCGUUGGGACCAUGGUUGGCGCUGAUGUGGUGUCCGGAAGAGCUGCUGGAUCUGCCACAAGCAUGUUAAUCGGUGAUGUGCUAGUUAUCCUCGGUGCCUGUUUGUAUGCCGUAUCCAAUGUAUGUGAGGAGUACGUGGUGAAAAACCUGACCAGAGAAGAGUUCCUUGGGAUGCUUGGCUUGUUUGGAACAUUUGUCAGUGGGAUCCAACUCAUGAUUGUGGAAUACACUGCUAUUGGCAACAUACAAUGGGACUGGAAAGUGGGACUUUUAUUUGCUGUCUUUGCACUCUGUAUGUUUGGACUCUACAGCUUGAUGCCCAUCGUCAUACGACUCACAAGUGCCACCUCUGUAAAUUUAGGCAUCCUCACUGCGGAUCUUUACAGCCUCUUUUUUGGCCUCUUCUUGUUUAAGUAUCAGUUUUCUGUCCUUUACAUUCUGGCAUUUGUUGUCAUCAUGGUGGGUUUCAUUAUGUACUGUAGCACUGCAACGUACAGUGCGGAACUGGAACCAGAAAGGACUAACCAGGGGCUUGACAAUAGUGCAAUAAAGGAUGAAGAAGAGGCAACUGAAGAACCAGCCACUGUCCUUCAAUACAUUCCUGCAGAACUGUCUACCCGCAUGGACUAGAUUGUAACCCUACUGCCUUCUCAAUUGCCCCUUCCAAUCAUCCCUGGAACCAGUUUUGACAUGAUGCCUUUACAAAAAAAUGUAAACCUCUCAUUUCUUUUUUUGUUUUAACUGAUGCAAUUUUAUACAAAGAAGCCUAAAAUAUUUUUUUUUUUAUAAUUCUUUAUUUUUGUAGUGCACCUGGCAGUCGUCAGGUGGGUAUUUAAUCAGGAUUUAUAUAAGAGAUUGCAGGAGCUACUCUCUUGUGCGACUAUUCAGCAUGGCGGUCCGGCCCUGCCCCCCCUAAAGUAUUUUUUUAACAAACUUUUAUGUGAUCCUCAAAACAUAGUUCUCGUACUCCAUCGUAGAGACCAUGGUAUUUUAUUUUUAAGGAUGUGGUUAUUUUAUUCUGCAAAAGAAGAUUCUAGUUGGCACCCAUGACGCAAGUUACCCAGGCUGAAAUUUGGCUUCUGAAUUAUCUGCUGUUAUAUUGUUGGUUCCAGAUAUCCUCCUUGGACAUUCUAGGUGUGCAACCUAUGAAUAUAUUACGAUUUGUAUUUGUCAGCUGCGAGAGAUCAUGGAUAAGACUUUAAAUGAUCUUAUCCUAAUCAUUGUUCCUAAACUGUUGUGGAAUCGGAACCCUCCGUUUUUGGACUUUCUACUGUAAUGAAGUAUGCAUAGUAUGCGGCACCAUGAAGUGGACCCAACAAUUGUUACUUACUGGACUGUGUUAUAAGCAUGUCUCCAUCUGUCCAAUUUGGUUAAGUGUGACUUCUGAUAUACUGUGAUGGAACCAAAAUUAAUGACAACAUUCCUUCUAUUGCGUGCCAUUUGUGGUGCAGUAACUGUUUUAAUGGUUUUAUUUUUAGUGCAUUUUUUUUAAUUUAUAUUUUUUUGGUUUCCCAUGGGA